AUGAACAUUCAUAUACAUUCAGGUUCGGGCAAUUUGUCCAGUCAGAUUGGUCACAAAGCUACAGCGUCGUUGGAGCUCAAUGGUUCGGCACAGGCUGACUUUGCUGUACCGCAGGCGAGAUUCCGGGUUUUUACCCGUUACAUCACGAGUAAUGAAUGGCCCCGAAUCGCUUGUGUUCUAUCGCUCACAUUUCUGCAGCAGUAUCGGCUGGUAAGAACAGAAAUUGUUGUCUAUGCAACUCUCACGGUCCUCUUUGUGAUGAACUUCGCUGGAUGUUUGACGCGUGAAGAAAUUCACGGCCUGGAACACUGUUGCGUGCAGCACGGGACACCUGACUUGGUCGAAGGCUCCGAAUUUCUGCACAAAUCUGUAGUAUAG